CUAGUUUUGAUAAGCUGAUGCAUCUGAAUUAUGAGAACAAUGCAGAAUUUUUUUGCUACCAGGAAGCCCCGGUUACACUGGGGUAAUAAGUUAAAGCAGGUGACAAUGUGAGUUUUCCUGGGUUUUAACCUCUCUUCAUCCUCAUCUCUAGAAAUGGCAGGCGCGUGCAUUGGUGUGUUCUUGCUGGCUGUGUUCUACGAGGGUCUGAAGAUCGGCCGUGAGUUCCUAUUGAGAAGGAAUCAGGUGAACGUGCGUUACAACUCCAUGCCUGUCCCAGGAGCUGAUGGCACCGUGCUCAUGGAGACACAUAAAACAGUCGGCCAGCGAAUGCUGAGUCUCGCGCACUUCUUCCAGACGCUUCUUCACAUCAUCCAAGUGGUGGUCAGUUACUUCCUCAUGCUGGUGUUCAUGACGUACAACGGCUACCUGUGCAUCGCUGUGGCGGCGGGCGCCGGCUUUGGCUACUUCCUGUUCAGCUGGAAGAAGGCAGUAGUGGUGGAUAUUACAGAACACUGUCAUUAACCUCUCUUGUGUAUAACCU